GAAGGAAAGCAAAACGCGGGAGGAAGCUGAUCGGCGGGGCCGCAACAGAAUGCUUCCAAGUUAGCGCUGCUCAGGCGAGGGGCACCCGGAAACAGGCCUUCGCCCGCCCCGAGAGCUAGCAACAUGGAUGGUCCUUCAGUGCCUUUGCUGCAACGAUUUGAUAAGUCUUCCCGCCUCCUUCUCUGCACAUUGAUGUCUGGGCCUGAGGCUGCUUUGGCUGCCUUGCGAACCCUUCAACGUUCUGGGGAAGAUCCAAGGCACGGCUUUGACUGGCAGGACUUCACAGAGAAGCUGUGUGCCCUAGAGCCUGUGCUACAAGGCCCUGAGAAGACCCUCAGCUUAAAACCAUUAUUGCUGCUGCUUCCAGUCUUGUGCCAAAGAAAUCUCUUUUCCUUGCUGCUUACGGUAAGAUCCGUAGUGCCAAAAGACUUACUUGUCCGUCUGCUUGAGACCUCCAAGCAGGAGCCCAGCUCAGACCUCUGGGUGCAGAGACUGAAGGAUUUACUACAAGUGGAGCUGCAGGAGAAGAGCUCCUUGACUCCAGUCCUACUAACAGAUGCUUGCCAGCAACAACUGAAAGAUCUGUGUCAGAAGGUUGUGGCCCUUCGUAGCAACACUCCUGAUUUAAGGAAAAAAUUAAGCUGGUAUGUUAAACAGAUAGAUCCCUUCUUAGCUGUGGAUGAAAUAGCCCCCACCUCUUCAUCUCAGAUUGGGAAAAACAAGAAAGUAAGCAAGGAAGACAUAAGCCCUGCAGAUGAGAGGCAGAGCAAAAGGGCCCGAUUGAAAGUUGAUGAACCAGAUUCAGAACAUUUCAAGCAACAUGCUGUGCGGCAGGGAGCUGGGGCAGCUGGAACAGGAAAUGUACUCAUGAUGAAGUCUUUUGGAAAUGAAGAUGUUCACAGUCAAAUCAACGAGAUCUAUCAAAGUUCUCAAAAGGAGGAAACAGUAGAAAUGAGAGGGGCUAGUCAGGGUUCCCAAAUGGACACUGCAGCAGAGGUCCCUAACUAUAUCAAGGAACAUAUCCCCAAACUUAAGGAGCUUUUGGCAAUGCAGUGUGAUCAUUUUGAUGGGACUGUCCCUCCAGAGCUUCAGGUCCUGAAUGAGUGUACCCCAAACCAGCUAGAAAGUCUCUGCUCACUGCUGCAACUCUCAGAAUGUCCAGAAAAUGAGCUUCUGCAGUUCUGUACUUGGUUGGUGGCGAUGUCCCCUGAUCUUAGCUAUAGUUAUGCAACGAUACUUGCUGGAAAGCUCUUUCUACCUCGGGUUCUCACGCUGACUGAGCCAGCCUCAUGGCCUCUCACAAUGGCCCUGAUGAUGUUUUGCUCAAAAUAUGCUCGCCCAGUCUGUUGCACCUUGAUUCCUUCAAUUGUGCAGGCUCCAGGGAAAGGUGUUGAGCAAAUUAAACUAUUGUGCAAGAUAAUUGAGGAGUGUUUGGAGCCUGAAUAUGUGAGACUGGUAUUCAGCCAGUUUGUAGAAAUGCCAUGGUCUGAAGAUCUCCUUACAGUUGUGCAUUCGUUGCUGGAAAGACAGGUGGAGUUGUCUGCUGAGCUCUUCAACUUGGUGGUCUCAAAUGUUUGCCAGAUGGCGCAAGAGUUUGCCAAGUCAAUGCGUUAUGCAAAGCUGGUUCUCACUCUGCUGACCAAAUACCAAAGUAAUAUUACAUUGGUACACCAGUAUCGCUUAUCUGGUGUUCUGGACCUCAAUGAAACAAUCUUAAAGAAAUCUCUCCAAAUUGCACUAAAACAAUUAACUCCCAGAUAAGAAACAGACUUGAAUGCCGUUCCUGUGUGUGAAAUACAAGGUGAUAGCCCUCUUCUUCAGUGCUGGUGACCAUGAAGCAGAAGCAACUGAAGACACUUUCAGAGGCUGAGGAAUCAAAUGUGACCUGUAUCUUUUGGACCUUUGACUUGCUUCUUGAACCUGUGUGCCCUAAUAAAAUUGCUACCUGGAAGACCUUUAGUAUUUUUAUGGGUCAAACCAAAUUUUAAUAUUUUUUUGGAUUUCUGUAAUCCAGGGUGUAUUUUUAAACAUGAAUUGUAAUUUGGGCUCACCUUCCUCGAUGGUUUGCUGAAAUGAUAGUUAUGCAUUCAGAGGAGGAUUGUGCUAGCAUCGACUGAUUGUUGGAAAGGGAUUGUGACAGGAAACGUGAUACUUUCUACUUGGUGAAGUAUAUAGAGGAGAAGCAGAAUAGCCUACCUCCUUCCUUUCAUAGUGAGAACUAUCUCAGUAAGCGCAUGUCCACUGCAUUUUGCUGUGCUGAAACUAGAAGGCUAGCAGGGUAGAUGCCUAGACAAGGAAAAGAGCAUUAAAAGGGUUAAUUUGAAUAUCGGUGGUAUCCCAGUGGUGCAGCUUGGAAAACCUGAAACUUUUUAUCCUCAUUAUGUGACCAUCAGAA